ACCACUUCCCGCCUGUCUCUAUGGCUACACAUUGUAAGUGGGCAUGUCUUAUGGGCGUGUCUUCCCGCCACGGACCAGCCGGUGUUGUUGUCGGGGAGCGGAAUCAGGAAAGGUCCCGGCUCGGGGGCCUCACAUGGGCCGCAACUAUGCUGAAGAGGACGGAGCGGAUCAUCCACCUGAAAACCCAGCGGGGCCGGACCCUGCGAGCCGUCAGGGAGCAUUAUCUGCGGGAUGACCUGAGCUGUGGGAGCCCGUUGUGUGCAGCCUGUAUUCGGGAAGGAAAGCUUUUAUCGGAGGAUCUGACACACUAUGUUGUCCCAGACUGCCAAGUGCUGCAAGAUUACCAAGAGGUGCUGGAGAGUUCCGAGAUCCAGGGGGUCAUCAUCAUGCAGACAGCGUGUCACGCCGUUCAGCAUCAGAGAGGACGCCGGCAAUACAAGAGACUUCGGACCUUGCUUCGCGAUGCCCGCCAUGAUUGUAUCUUUUUCCCAAAUGAGUUCCAGCUUGAUGCUUAUCUCCCCAGAGAGAUGGGGGAAGCUGUGGAGGACUGGAAGUCCAGAUGCAUUUACAAUUCCACAGUCUGGUAUUAUCAGCACUGCCAAGCUAAAAUACCCGUCAUUAUGGUGACUGAGAAUGAAGAAGCGAUCCGAAAGUACAUCAAUGAGACUGAAGGGGUCUACGUCUUAUCAUUUAAGGAAUACUUGGAGACGUUUUGGCCACAUCUGAAAGGAGCCCUGGAGUUGUACAGCUCGAUCCGAGAGGCUCUUCAGGAGCGUGAAACCGAAAGUCGGGAGAGUAAUGGCAAGGAGUACCAGGAACAUCUCCCGCUGGAAAUUCUGGAAGCUGGAAUUAAGUCCGGUAGAUAUAAGCAGGGUGUACUCAGCGUCAACAAGCAUCGCUCUCAGCUCGAGGCCUUUGUGCGACUUCAGGGUCAGGGAGGCAAAGACUCCGACUUGCAGAGCGAUGUUCUGAUCCAUGGCACCAAGUCACGGAACAGAGCGAUCCACGGAGACGUAGUGGCCGUAGAGGUCCUGCCCAAGUCUGAGUGGAAGGGGAGAACGGGAGCUCUGUGUGAGAACGAGGCGGAGGAGAAAACUGGAGAAACACAAAGUGAAGUUAUGAUGACCGGUCGUGUGGUGGGAGUGUUACAGCGGAAUUGGAGAGAUUAUGUGGCUACUUUCCCAUCCAAGGAAGAUACCCAAACCCAAGGAAAGAAUUCACGGAAGGUGCUUGUGACACCAUGGGACUUCAGAAUUCCCAAAAUCCGGAUCAGCACGCAGCAAGUGGAGGCAUUACAGGAUUGCCGGGUGGUGGUACGAAUCGAUUCCUGGGAGUCUACCUCUCUGUAUCCUAAUGGACACUUUGUGAGAGCAUUAGGACCCAUUGGUGACCUGGAGACAGAAAUUCAAAGUAUUCUGGUGGAGAAUAGCAUUAGUGUGAAGCCUUUCUCCGAAGCUCAGCUGGCAGAAAUGCCCACAAACGGUCCAGAGAACCCAUGGCAGGUGGCACCAGAAGAGGGAGACCGACAUGAUCUGCGCAGUACUCAUUUGGUGCUCAGUAUCGACCCAAAGGGCUGCGAGGAUGUAGAUGAUACUUUGUCUAUUCGGGAACUCAAAAAUGGGCACCUUGAGCUGGGUGUUCAUAUUGCAGACGUCACACACUUUGUGAAGCCAAACUCUUACACGGAUAUGGAAGCAAAAGCAAGAGCUACAACAUACUACCUCGCUGAUCGUCGCUAUGACAUGCUGCCUUCUAUCCUGAGUGCGGAUCUAUGCUCCUUGCUUGGAGAUGUUGACAGGUAUGCGGUGAGUGUAAUGUGGGAGUUGGACGGCACGACGUAUGACAUCAGAAGGGUGUGGUAUGGCAGAACCAUAAUCCGCUCCCGCUACAAGUUGAGCUACGAAGUGGCUCAGCAGCUGCUGGAUGGAGAUCUGGAGCCGCUAAAUACUGACCCUGAGCUUCAGCCGGUUUCUCAGGACUCCACAAAACUGGAGCGUCUCCUGUGGGCGAUACGUAAACUGACAGAGGUGGCUCGAGCCGUCCGGACACGGAGAGAUAUGAGCGGAGCACUGGAACUGGAAGGGGUGGAGGUUCGGAUCCAGUUGGGGGAGGAGAAUAGCAUCGAUGACUUGGUUCCUAAGCAACCUUUACAGGUGCAUGAGACGAUCGCAGAAUGUAUGAUCUUAGCCAAUCACUGGGUAGCCAAGAAGAUCUGGGAGAGCUUCCCCCAGCAGGCAUUACUCCGACUUCAUCCACCCCCACGUCAGGAAUUCUUUAAAGAACUCAAAGCGUGCGCACAGGCUAAAGGGUUUCAUAUAGACACUCGGUCUAAUAAAACUCUGGCCGAUUCCCUGGAUGAGGCAAAUGACCCUUCUGACCCUCUGGUGAAUCGUCUGCUGCGAACAAUGGCCACACAAGCCAUGUCCAACGCUCAGUAUUUCUCCACCGGAUCGCACUCUGAGGAGGAAUUCUAUCACUACGGUUUGGCCCUUGACAAAUAUACCCACUUCACCUCACCUAUCCGCCGCUAUGCUGAUGUUGUUGUACACCGGCUUCUCCUGGCUGCUAUCCACAAGAGUACAAAAGAUCAUCUGCUUGGAAACAAGGACCUGGAUGAGCUAUGUCGUCACAUCAAUAAUCGCAACCGGGCCUCACAGCACUGCCAGAAACAGUCUACAGAGCUCUUCCAGUGCAUGUUCUUCAAGGAUAAGGACCCAGAAAGUGACCAACGCUGUACUAGUGAUGCCGUUAUAUACUCCAUCCGCACAAAUGGAGUGUUACUCUUCGUACCCAGAUACGGCAUAAAAGGAGCUGCGUAUUUGAAGAACAUGGAAGGCUUAGUCUUGUCCUUUACUGAUAAUGGUUGUAAUUGGAUCUCUGGAUCACUGCAACGCCUCCCGGACCGAAUCACAGUAAUAACCAAUGGGGGACAGCAAACCUCGUUCUGUCUGUUUGACCAUGUGACCGUACGAGUUCGGAUACAAAGCUCCCGCUUCCAUGCAGACAACAUUCGCUUGGAUAUCAUUAGUAAUAAGCCCCACGUCUCCCAGGAGGAGCUGCCCUCCAACACCGGCUCCAAUCUCGGCAGGACGGAACUCGUUAGGGAGGUGACCCGCACGGCAAUAGAGGCUCAGCUAGCUAAAGAGGAGGAGGCGGCAGGGAAACAAUUUGGGUUACAAAAUCGGGAAUAUAGACAAACUCGGGGGAGGAGCCUGUACACCUUGCUGGAGGAAGUGCGUGACCUGGCAUUGCUUAGUCUGUCUGAGGAAAGACCUCCCGGGGCCGCAUCUCUCUCCAUUGUGUGUGAAUGAGGAGGAAUGACCGCCCCAGGCCGCAUCUCUCUCCAUUGUGUGUAAAUGAGGAGGAAUGACCGCCCUGGGCCACAUCUCUCUCCAUUGUAUGUGAAUGAGGAGGAAUGACCGCCCAGGCCGCAUCUCUCUCCAUUGUGUGUGAAUGAGGAGGAAUGACCGCCCAGGGCCACAUCUCUCUCCAUUGUGUGUGAAUGAGGAGGAAUGACUGCCUCAGGCCACAUCCCUCUGCAUUGUGUGUGAAUGAGGAGGAAUGACCUCCCGGGGGCCACAUCUCUCUCCAUUGUGUGUGAAUGAGGAGGAAUUGUGGCCCCGGGCCGCAUCUCUCUCCAUUGUGUGUGAAUGAGGAGGAAUUGUGGCCCCGGGCCGCAUCUCUCUCCAUUGUGUGUGAAUGAGGAGGAAUGACCGCCCCGGGCCGCAUCUCUCUCCAUUGUGUGUGAAUGAGGAGGAAUUGUGGCCCCGGGCCGCAUCUCUCUCCAUUGUGUGUGAAUGAGGAGGAAUUGUGGCCCCGGGCCGCAUCUCUCUCCAUUGUGUGUGAAUGAGGAGGAAUGACCGCCCCGGGCCGCAUCUCUCUCCAUUGUGUGUGAAUGAGGAGGAAUGACCGCCCCAGGCCGCAUCUCUCUCCAUUGUAUGUGAAUGAGGAGGAAUGACCGCCCCAGGCCGCAUCUCUCUCCAAUGUAUGUGAAUGAGAAGGAAUGACCGCCCCAGGCCACAUCUCUCUCCAUUGUGUGUGAAUGAGGAGGAAUGACCGCCCCAGGCCGCAUCUCUCUCCAUUGUGUGUGAAUGAGGAGGAAUGACCGCCCCGGGCCACAUCUCUCUCCAUUGUAUGUGAAUGAGGAGGAAUGACCGCCCCAGGCCACAUCUCUCUCCAUUGUGUGUGAAUGAGGAGGAAUGACCGCCCCGGGCCGCAUCUCUCUCCAUUGUGUGUGAAUGAGGAGGAAUGACCGCCCCGGGCCGCAUCUCUCUCCAAUGUAUGUGAAUGAGGAGGAAUGACCGCCCCAGGCCACAUCUCUCUCCAUUGUGUGUGAAUGAGGAGGAAUGACCGCCCCGGGCCGCAUCUCUCUCCAUUGUAUGUGAAUGAG